CAAACGCACCAGUUUUUACCACCUAGAGUGUAACACAAGCACUUUCAACACCAUGAUUUUAAAAAUCUCCUACUUAUUAUUUUUCUCUAUGGUCGCUUGUUCACCCAUCGACCCAGCACCACCAGAAUACAUCCAUUCAAAUGCGUCUAGAAACACAGACUACCGACUACCCGAAGGUUCUGUGGACGUUUCUCUCUAUACCAUCCGACUUAAUAUGGACCAUGAUGUCUUCGACACGACCAUAUUCGAAGGAGUUUCCAGUAUCAGGUUCACUAACUUGAAAAACACCAACCAGAUUGUGUUACACGCAAACGGGUUGACGAUUUCUGAAGUAGUACUACAAACCAGUGAUGGUAUUCAAAUCUCUUUGGAGAACGAGAAUUAUGAGAGUGAUAGUGUUACUGAUAUUUUGGUACUGACAACACCUACGCCACUGCCGGGCGCAAGUGACUACUAUCUUCAGUUUACGUAUACUGGAAUACUGCGAGUUGAUGGAAUGCAUGGGUUUUAUAGAAGUCAGUAUAUUGAUGCUAAUGGAGAUGUUAGGUAUUUGGGUACUACGCAGUUCCAGCCAGUACAUGCAAGGAAGGUUUUUCCAUGCUUUGACGAGCCAUCGUUUAAAGCUGAGUUUGAUAUAAGUAUAAGACACCCUCAGGAAUACAGCGCUAUUGGGAAUUCAAAAGAAACUCGCGUAAUAGACUCCACAGAUAGUACCUUUGCCAUUACCACUUUUGCCACAACUCCCAAAAUGUCUACGUACUUGAUAGCCUUCGUGGUGUCAGAUUUUACUUGUACCGACGGUGCAGAUAUAGAAAGUGGGAUACAACACUCGGUUUGCUCCAGAAACGAAGCUGCUGCUACCAGAGCUCUUGCAAACGAAUACGGUCCAAAUUUAACCUGGGCUUUGGAAGAUUUCACAGGAAUUAAAUACAAUUCGCACAAAAUUCCAAAGAUUCAUCAGUUUGCAAUCCCGGAUUUUUCGGCUGGUGCUAUGGAGAAUUGGGGAAUAAUUACCUACAGAGAAAGAUAUCUCCUUUGGGAUCCGGUGCACUCCUCAAACCGUAAUUUACAGAACGUACUCACCAUAGAAGCUCACGAACUUGCCCAUUUCUGGUUUGGUGACUUGGUGACGUGCGACUGGUGGUCCAACACCUUCCUUAAUGAAGGUUUUGCCACCUACUUUGAGUAUUUCGCCGUACAUGACGUUGAUCCUAGUUUGGAAACUGAUAAGCAAUUCGUAAUUGAGCAACUACAACCAGUUCUUGUGAGUGAUGCCUCACCAUAUUCUGCUCCCUUGUCUUCACCUGCGUCUUCUCCGGGAGAAAUUUCAGGGCGCUUUAGUUCGAUUUCGUACAAUAAAGGUGGGAGCAUUUUCCGGAUGGUGAGGUCGUUCAUGGGUCGUGAGAACUUCAAACUAGGCAUCAAUAAAUAUUUGACACAACAUCAGUUCAAAAAUACGCAACCUGAUGAUCUGUGGAACGCUUUCAACGACUAUGCACCUACAAAUUUGCCGACAAGUCAUACAAUAAUCACUCUUAUGAGGGAUUGGGUAAAUAAAGCAGGAUAUCCUCUGCUAAAUGUUUCUGCCGACGGGCUUAACGUCAAAAUCACACAGAGAAGAUUUUUGUCCAGCGGAGAACCCGGCGCAGAUGAACAAUGGUAUAUACCGCUGAGUUACACCACCCAGUCCGAUACCAACAAAUUCCAAAAUACUCUUGCAAGCUUCUGGAUUUUACCAUUGGGUACUUUGAACACUAGAAUACUCCGAAACGAAAGUGACUGGGUAAUCCUCAAUAAUCAACAGACAGCUUAUUACAGAGUCGACUACGACGCAAACCUAUGGACCAAGAUAAAAACAGCUUUGAACAAACCCGGCUUCGAUGGAAUCCACGAACUAAAUCGAGCCCAAAUCGUAGACGACUUUUUCACCUUUACACGCUACGGUUAUAAAACUUUCAGCGAACUUCUCAAUCUUUAUCAAUUUUUGAAACACGAUACUUCGUACUACUCGUGGUACUCGGCUUUCAGCGCUUUCUCGACGAUGAUAGCAAGAACGGGUAACCAGGAACUAAGGAGGACGCUUUCGGACUACAUUCUAGAUUUGGCAAAUCUUUUAUAUAAUUCAGUACCGUUUAACGAAGCAAAAGACUUUAACCACAUUUACACUUUAAAAAAAGUUUUGGUAGUACCGUGGGCGUGUAGGUUGGGUUUGCAGGAUUGUGUUGAUAACGCUGUGGCGGCAUUCAGUGACUACAGACAAACUGGAAUAAAACCGGAUAAAAAUAUGAGAUCGGUGAUCUACUGCAACGGCUUGCGGCAUAGUACCGAUAUUCAAAACGACUGGAACUUCUUGUGGUCGGAGUUUCAAAGUACCAAACUGUCGUCAGAGGAGGUGACGAUUUUGUCGGCAUUGGGUUGUACUAAGGACGAGGCUAUUUUGAAAGAGUACAUGCGAAAAGCUAUAGACCCGAAUUCUGGAAUUCGAAUGCAAGAUGCAAGUUCUGUAUUUUCAGCAGCCUAUAGCAACAAUCCAGAAGGAAUUGAUAUAACGCUUGACUUCCUGAUGGAAAACUACAACGACAUUAAUGCCUAUUUCGGUUCGGCAAGCUCUCUGGCGUCUUUCUUCAGUGGUGUCGCGAGUAGAUUUACUACCAAAGAACAAGCUGAUAAGUUAGAACAGUUCAUUAACGAAACCGACUUAGGAGGUGCCACUUCUUCUCUAACUAGCUCACUCAACGGUGCUCGUACUAAUCUUGCAUGGAUUGAAAGAUUCGAGGGAGAACUAAGUCUUCACUUCACUCCUAGUGUCACUCCCGCUCCAGAUGCAAGUACUUCAUUGACGAUUGGAAUGACGACAGUUGUGUCCACUCUGUUGGUACUUUGCUACCAGUUUUUAUUUUAGAAUGACAAUGUUUUAAUUUAUUGCACAUUUUUGUAAUUUAUUUUGACUAUAUAAUAUGUAAUUAUUUAAGUACCAUUAUCAGUUAUUAAAUAAAUGGAUGAUAAAAU